AUGAAUCCUUCAACUUCUCCAUCAAUAUUCAGUAGCAUCACCUACAUCCCUCCGGAUGCCAUCUUCGAGCUCACCAAAAAGUACAAUGCCGACCAAAAUGCCCUCAAGGUCAACCUAGGUCAAGGGACCUACAAAGACGAGAAUGGGCAUCCAUGGAUUCUACCUGCGGUGCACACGGCCAAGGAGAAGAUCAAGGACUCGAAUCAUGAAUACCUUCCCAUUUUGGGUCUUUUGCCCUUUCGCACGUUGGCUACGAAGCUGGUUUUUGGAUCAUCGGCGGCCGCGGUUCGAGAGAAGAGAGUUUCUUCAUGUCAGGCACUAUCAGGGACAGGUGCGUUGCAUGUCACAGGCAAAAUGCUAUACAGAGCCCUCGGCAGCAAUACAACCGUAUACAUCACGAACCCUAGUUGGUCAAACCACCGACAGGUCUUUGAGUCCAUUGGCUUCCACGUUAAGGAGUAUACAUACUCAACCUCUGACAUAGAUGGAGUAGAUAUGGCUUCAUUACUCAAUACUCUCAAUGAAGCUGCCCCAAAAUCUAUACUUGUUCUGCACGCCAGCGCUCAUAACCCUAGUGGGUGGGACCCCAGUCCUGAGCAAUGGGAGGUAAUCGGAAAAAUCAUGAAAGAGCGCCAAUUAUUCCCGAUAUUCGAUGCUGCGUAUCUCGGUAUUACAUCUGGCGACUAUGCCAAAGAUGCUUUUGCGAUUCGUUAUUUUGCGGAGGAGUUAUCCCUUGAAGUGGCUGUGUGCCUUUCAUUUGCUAAAAGCAUGGGUCUUUACGGUGAAAGAAUCGGUCUCUGUGCCUUCGUUUCUCAUUCAACCACUGCCGCCGUGGCAGUUGAAUCAGCAUUGGCCCAACUAAUUCGAGUUGAAAUAUCUAACCCUCCCGCCUUCGGCGCUCGAAUUGUUGCUGCGGUCCUUGAGGAUGAGAGUAUCGCCGCUGAAUGGAGUCGGAACUUGGUGACUAUGAGCUCCAGGAUUGCUGAGAUGCGGCGUCGGCUUUUUAAGGAGCUUGAUCAGUUAGAUACACCAGGGAACUGGGAGCGUAUAACGAGGCAAAGGGGAAUGUUUUGCAUCUUGGGAUUGAGUCCGCACCAAGUUUCUCUUUUGCAAGAGAAAUACCACAUCUACAUGGCUGCUAACUCUAGAGUAUCUAUUGCAGGUCUCAAUUGGGGGAAUGUGCGAUAUGUAGCAGAGUGUAUUGAUAAGGUGGUUAGAGAGUAG